AUGCUUGGAGCAUUUUACCGUGCGAGCAAGAUAUAUUACAUGAUCAUCGCUGUUAUUGGCGUUCCUGUGAACUUAGUGGCAAUUGUGAUCCUGUCCCGGGAAAAGUGCGGCCUCUCCACCUGCACCACUCGCUACCUGUUUGCCAUGGCAACGGCUGAUCUACUAUCCAUCAUCUUUCAAGUCAUCUUGUGGCGGAUCAGUUAUAUUUACUUCCCCGGGACUUUCCUAGACAUCACCCCCGUAUGCAGUAUGAUCUCCGUCCUGGGACUGGCUGCCAUAAAAUGUUCUGUCUGGUUCACCGUCACUUUCACGUUUGACCGUUUUGUCACCAUCUGCUGCCAGAAGCUGAAAGCCAGGUACUGCACCGGGAAAACUGCGGCUCUGGUUCUGACAACCGCAGGCGUUGUGUUCUCUUUUAGCAACGUGCCCCACUUCUUUAUAUACGAACCCUUUAAAGUGACCGACAAUAUACCCUGGGACUGCAUUCGAAAGCCGAGCUACUAUACGGAUCCCGGGUGGCUUGGAUAUAGGUGGCUUUCUACCGUUAUAAACCCAUUACUCCCGUUCGCAUUGAUACUACUGUUCAACGGUCUGACAGUUAGGCAUGUUUUAGUGACUAGUCGCGUACGGAAGGGGCUGAUAGGUCAGAAAAAGGCGGAAAACCGGAAUGACCCGGAGAUGGAGAGCAGGAGGAGGUCUGUAAUCUUACUUCUCACCAUCUCCGGAAGCUUCAUCAUCCUGUGGUCGGCAGAUGUUGCCGAAUUCCUUUAUAAUACAAUCGCUGGACUGAAUCAACAUGAAUACAACUCCUCAGAAUACAUAUUUGAAUACACCUCAGACUUUCUGCUGCUAUUAAGUUGCUGCACAAACACAUUUAUUUAUGGGGUGACUCAGUCCAAGUUCAGAGAGCAGUUCAUCGGCGCAGUGAAAUAUCCGCUCACGUCAAUUAUUCAACUAGUGUAUAAACAAAAUAUCUAA